CCGCCGGCCCCGCCGCCCCGGCUGUCUGCUGGCUUGGGAGUAGGUGCCCGCGCCCUCGCCCUAUGGCCUCGACCUCGCCAUGUUCCGCUCGGGCGCGCUGCGGCUGCGGGGCUUCCCGCUGCGGGGCUCCCUCGGCCGCCCACGCUCCGUCUGCGGCCGCGAAGGAGAAGAAAACCCACCCUUACGUGCAGAAACAAGAUGGAAAGACAGAGCAGAAACAGUGAUAAUUGGAGGUGGCUGUGUUGGUGUGAGCCUGGCUUAUCACUUGGCCAAAGCAGGCAUGAAAGAUGUGGUCCUCCUGGAGAAAUCGGAGCUCACUGCUGGAUCUACCUGGCACGCAGCAGGUUUAACAACUUACUUUCAUCCUGGAAUAAACUUAAAGAAAAUACAUUAUGAUAGCAUCAAACUUUAUGAGAAACUGGAAGAAGAAACCGGACAGGUGGUGGGAUUCCAUCAGCCAGGUAGUAUCAGAAUUGCUACAACUCCUGUAAGGGUAGAUGAAUUUAAAUAUCAAAUGACUCGGACUGGCUGGCAUGCAACGGAACAGUAUAUUAUUGAACCUGAAAAAAUACAAGAGAUGUUUCCUUUACUCAACAUGAAUAAGAUUUUAGCUGGACUGUAUAAUCCUGGAGAUGGUCACAUUGAUCCUUACUCUCUAACUAUGGCCCUGGCUGCUGGGGCUAGGAAAUAUGGUGCCCUUUUAAAAUAUCCUGCACCGGUGACUUCUUUGAAACCCAAGUCAGAUGGAACAUGGGAUGUUGAAACACCACAGGGAUCUAUGAGAGCAAAUAGAAUUGUGAAUGCUGCAGGGUUUUGGGCUCGUGAAGUAGGUAAGAUGGUUGGACUAGAACAUCCUCUCAUUCCAGUUCAGCAUCAGUAUGUUGUCACAUCGACCAUCCCUGAAGUGAAAGCUUUAAAACGAGAACUCCCGGUGCUCCGUGACCUGGAAGGAUCUUAUUACCUCCGACAGGAAAGGGAUGGGCUUUUGUUUGGUCCAUAUGAAAGUCAAGAGAAAAUGAAAGUUCAGGACUCGUGGGUCACCAGUGGAGUACCUCCAGGUUUUGGAAAGGAGCUCUUUGAGUCUGAUCUAGACCGAAUCAUGGAACACGUUGAGGCUGCCAUGGAAAUGGUUCCAGUCUUGAAGAAGGCUGACAUCAUCAAUAUCGUCAAUGGUCCCAUCACCUAUUCUCCUGACAUUCUGCCCAUGGUAGGGCCCCAUCAGGGGGUCAGAAACUACUGGGUGGCUAUAGGCUUUGGGUAUGGCAUAAUCCAUGCUGGUGGGGUAGGGAAAUAUCUCAGUGACUGGAUCCUGCAUGGAGAACCUCCUUUUGAUCUGAUAGAAUUGGAUCCCAAUCGCUAUGGCAAAUGGACAACAACUCGGUACACCGAGGCCAAAGCAAGAGAGUCAUAUGGAUUCAACAAUAUUGUUGGUUACCCUAAAGAAGAACGGUUUGCCGGGAGGCCAACUCAGCGAGUCAGCGGGCUUUAUAAAACCCUGGAGUCUAAGUGUUCCAUGGGGUUCCAUGCAGGCUGGGAGCAGCCACACUGGUUCUAUAAACCAGGCCAGGACACUGGGUACAGGCCAAGUUUUCACCGCACAAACUGGUUUGAUCCUGUGGGCUCUGAGUAUAAACAGGUUAUGCAAAGAGUAGGGGUGAUUGACCUGUCACCAUUUGGCAAGUUUAAUAUCAAAGGCCAAGACUCCAUUAGAUUGUUGGACCAUCUCUUUGCAAAUGUCAUUCCCAAGGUGGGUUUUACAAAUAUAAGUCACAUGUUAACACCAAAAGGUCAAGUAUAUGCUGAGUUGACAGUUUCUCACCAGUCUCCUGGGGAGUUUCUAUUAAUAACUGGUUCUGGAUCAGAACUUCAUGAUCUUAGAUGGAUUGAAGAAGAGGCUGUCAAAGGUGGAUAUGAUGUUGAAAUUAAAAACAUAACCGAUGAGCUUGGAGUCCUUGGCGUCGCAGGGCCACAUGCAAGAAAGGUCCUUCAGAAACUGACCUCUGAAGAUCUUAGUGAUGAUAUUUUCAAGUUUCUUCAGACCAAGUCUUUAAAGGUUUCCAACAUUCCUGUCACUGCUAUCAGGAUAUCUUAUACUGGUGAGCUGGGUUGGGAGCUGUACCACAGACGAGAAGAUUCUGCGGCACUUUAUGACAUUAUCAUGAAUGCAGGCCAGAAAGAGGGAAUUGACAACUUUGGAACCUAUGCCAUGAAUGCCUUAAGACUGGAGAAAGCUUUCAGAGCCUGGGGGUCAGAGAUGAACUGUGAUACAAAUCCCUUGGAAGCUGGACUGCAAUAUUUUGUAAAGCUAAAUAAGCCAGCAGACUUCAUAGGAAAGCAAGCACUGAAACAGAUUAAAGCCAAGGGGCUGAAACGGAGACUGGUCUGCCUCACCUUGGCAACGGACGAUGUUGAUCCGGAGGGAAAUGAAAGCAUCUGGUAUGAUGGCAAGGUGGUUGGCAACACGACCUCCGGAAGCUACAGUUACAGCAUCCAGAAGAGUCUGGCUUUCGCGUACGUCCCUGUAGAGCUAAGUAAAGUGGGACAAAAAGUGGAAGUUGAACUAUUAGGCAAAAAUUACUCAGCAACUGUCAUAAAAGAACCCUUGGUGUUGACGGAACCAAUCAGAAACCAACUUCAGAAAAAAGGUGGAAAGGACAAAAUUUGAAAAGACUUUGAGCAGGCAACUGAAUUAUGGUUGCUAUAUGAUUGCACUGAAAAUUAUAACUGAUUUGCUGGGGAAUAAGGGAAACCAAAAAAUUUAUUUCAAAAUCAUCAGAAUCUUAAAACCGUUCUCUUGUUUUCUAAGCAAGAUAGAAUAAUGCAUGAGUGAUUUACAUUGUUGUUUCAGAUGAAAUUUGAAGCUAAUGUUUUUACUAUUCUAUAUUGUUGUUUAUGAAACUCAGCAAAACAUUUAAGUGUUUGCUAACAUACAAUCAUUAUUACAACUGAAGUAGAAAACAUUAUAUAAUUUUAGGAACAUUUGUAUGUGGUUCUUGUUAGCUGAAAACAAAUUAUGUUUUACAUAAAGACAAAAGCAGUAUUGUUGAUGGAUUUACUUCAUUGAAAAAUACUAGUUGAAUAAGGGAUCAUUUUAAUUUUUCAUAAUAUAUCUAGGAAGAAAAUAGUAAAAUUUAAUAUUGGUAUAUGUAACAUUUUUAUUCAAUUCCUUGAAAUAUUUACUUCCUUAAUGACUUCCCUGAAAGCAGUUUUAUGGGACGUCAUUAUUGUCCUUUCAAAGGUUGUUUUAGAAGAGAAAUUGCAAACAAGAACAGAGUCUUCCAAAGGAAAUGGUACUUGUAAACCUUCUGAGAUGAAGCCAAAACAUAAAUUGUGCCAGUACAAACACAGUCUGAAUACUGAACACCUCUCUUUGGGAAAGAAUUAAUGCAAGUUGACAUCACAUUGUGCCGUUCUGAAUAUCAUUUCACAAGCAUUUGACAAAGCAGGUCAAACAAGAGCUUUAAGAGCUGACAGGAUUGCCCUUAACAUUGUGUACAGCAAGAAAAAAAAGCCAUUUAGGAAUAAUUCUUUGAUGUACCUCUUGAAAUUAUUUGUGUUUAGUUGACAGAAUAAAUCAAAUUUUUCAUAAAA